UAACCGAGAGCAAUGAAUUACAGAAGAAUUCAUUAUCUUUUUUGCUUUCAAUGUAUAGGUUGUAUAGACGAUCGCGCAUUACAUAGAUAUUCAUAGUGUUUGUUCCUUGUUGUAAUUUAUAUGGUUGAAAGUUUCUAUUAACAAAUACAAUAUACUAAAGAUAUUGUAUAGCUUUCCAAAAUUGGGAGGGAGUAGAUAAUUCGACGCGAAAAGGGUUUGGGUGAGGAUCAUUUUAAAAAUAAAUUCAUCGCUCGAAUCGGCCCGUCCCUGAGCAAUCAAUAUGGCCUCCAGGUCUACGCGGGGCACGCCAGUGUAGCGUAGAUAUUUCUCUGAAAAUCUUCGGAACAAAUGGUUUCUGUGAUAAUAGAAUUAGUCAAGCUAUUGAAAAGUGUAUAAAACGAUAUUUUCACGGUGUUUGUUUGAAUACUAGUGAUAGCAUUCAGUCAGAACGAAAAUUAGAAGGCGUUCCACUGGCGUUAUAGCAAGUUGCACUUUACGGAAGACACGGUCGACGUUGGAAUACGACUCGGUAGCUGAUGGGUGUAUAAAAAUAAUUUCAUCGACUGCCAAAUUUUACAAUGAGCUGGCAUUUUAAGAGUAAAGAUUUAUAGCUUCCAGUUAAAAUUUGAUAAUAUGUCGGAGAAUAAGAAUAAGGAAACUGCCACGAUGGAGGGUUGUCAAGAAGGGGACGAAGAGGAAGACAUGGCUGCCGAUAGGGUCGAAGAUAAGGUCAGUAUCCAGCAAAUCCUCGAGGGUAUGACGAAUGAAUUUAACAAAAGCGUGAGUCCCGUUAAAAGCGCAGAAAUUAAUCGAUCAGAAAAAUCGGAUCACGAGGAAAUUGAAAAACCGGCCGCGAUUCUUGAUGCGACAUCGACAGUCGAACAAGAAUCCAAUGGAGAUAAAAAUGAAGAAAUUAUUUCGACGAAACAAAAUGUUGUGGAAUCAACACCAUCCGAUGAAAAUUGUAAAGACGACGAAAAUAUUGGGAAACAAGAAAUUUUGAAAAAAGAUAAUGGAAUUCCACGUAUUGUCCUCACAUUUAGGACAAUCGAUGAAAAUACAGAUCAUGGUAAAAAAACAAAGAUUUCAAGCUGUUCCUCCAACCUUACUUUAGUUCCUGACGAAUUGGCAAACUGUGAUCAAAUUGGCGGUGUGUCUGUCAAGAUAGAGAACUCGGAUGAGAAUUCCGAUACUGUUGAGAAAUCAGAUUCAGAAGAAGGUAGGAUAGAAGAGCCAGUCAAAGAUUCUGAGAUCAAAGAACCAGAGAAAAAUACAGAAGAAACAGAGACAUUGAAGGAAGAUGUGAAAGUAAUGGUCGAAGAAAAAGCUGUUGUUCCUGAUGAAAAGACUAAAACCGCAGAAGCAGAUGUUUCGGUGAAAUCUACUGAGCAAAUUGAACAAACAAAUAGCACGGUUCCUGUUACUAGGAAAAGAAGAACAGGGCGACCUAGAUUAAGGGCACUUAGCGACCACACAGAAGAACCUCCUGGUCCUAAACGUUCAGCCAGAAGACUGUGUAAAGAAUCAUUGAAGAGUACUGUAUUAGAGAGUGCGAUGGCAAGAAAGGAAAAGUCUAAUUAUACGGAAGAAAAUCUGCAGUUUAAAAAACAGAGGAAGUACAAUAAACCAGGGAGACCAAAGAAGGUGAUGCAAGGAAAAGAUCAGAAUAAACAAGCACAAGCUAAACCUCCUGACAUACGUCAGGAAGUGGAAGCAUCAAUUUCUGAUGGGAAUAUUACUCUUUCUGAGGUAAACUCAACAUUAGAAUGCUCUAGAAAUUCCUCCGUAUCAGAAAAUAGCGCGAAUGAGACAAUCCUGGAUGAAUCUCAAAAUUUUUCAUCUGACUUUGAUGGUAUGCCAAAAUUGUCUCCUAUGAUAAAAAGUUCAGAAUCACAAACAAAAUUGUGUAAUUCAAUUGGCAGUCCAACAAGUGACGAUAUACCUUUAGCAGACAUUGAAAAGCCAUUUCUAAAGCCUGCCACUGGUAGACCUAAGAGAGAAAGGGGACGUCCUCGGGGAAGUCAAGCUGCCAGAAAAAUAGCAAAAGUGGAUUCAUUUGAAGAUGGAUCUGUAUCUAUAGCAGAAACAGGCAAAAAUAAUGAUUAUCCUGAAGGUAAUACUAUAGAUACACUAUGUAUAUUUCAUUCAUAGAAUAAUUACUUUUCCUAUAUUUUUUCUAACUUGUUUAAUUUUCUAGAAGGCACUGUACCUGCUAAAAGAACAAGAAGAAGUAUGGCUCCGAGUCCAAGUCCUGCAGAGGGCCAAGCCUCAAAACCAGAAUCAACUGCAAUUAUGAGUGAAACAUAUGGUCAGUCAAUGUUAUGUUUGUGUCAAGUGAGGUCUCAGCUGUAUGUAACGAUAACUGGUUCUGGGGCACCAUUGUAUUGCACCGCAAUAGAUUCUAUCGACAAUAGAUUAGUAGGAUGUUGUAACGAAGUUGAUAGUAAUGACGUAGCGAUGAGGAGACCUAGUACUCGUGUCCCUUUUAUCAUUUUGUGUCGAAUGCAUAAGGAAAGACUACUAAGGCAUAAUUGCUGUCCUUCUUGUGGACUUUUUUGCUCUCAAGGAAGGUUCGUACAGUGUAUUAACGGUCAUCAGUAUCAUCGCGAAUGCGAGAUUUAUCCAAAUAAGAAAGGAGUAUGUCCACAUUGUGGAAAUGAGAGUACACCGUACGACGUAAUGGUCACAAUGAGUGGCCUAAGGAAACCUGUGUUCAUUCCGACACGAAAGAAAUUUUCAAAACUGCCUUCUGCGAAAAUGAGUUUGCCAGGGAAAGGUGACAAUACGAAAUUAGCAGAACGCCCUCCUAGUCCUUUAAUUCAGCCAGAUAUUAUUAAGAUACCCGAGCCAUCUGUUAACACCGAGAGACCAGAACGAUAUACUAUCAUGAGUCUUUACACAUCUGUAAAGAACGGGGAUUUAGAAAAAUUGGUUAAUGUUUUAGCAUGUGGAUACAAUGCAAAUCAUACAUUCCGAGAUUACGCACAUCGAACUGGCCUUCAUAUAGCUGCGGAUAAAGGUCACUUAUCUUGUGUGCAUGUACUAGUACAAGCCGGUGCUCAAUUAGACGUGAUGGAUAGAAAUCAGUUAACGCCGUUAAUGUUAGCUGCUAGCAAGGGCAAAGCCGACGUGGUCAAAUAUUUAAUAAGAAUAGGCGCCGAUGUUACGUUAAAAGGAGAAGAUGGUAUGACUGCUUUGCACAUGGCUGCUAAGUCUGGACAUUUGAAUGUUUGUCGAAUAAUAUUAACGGAAUGUAAAGCACCAAGAACGUUAGUAGAUUCGGUGGAUGAUGGUGGAUGGACAAGUUUAAUUUGGGCAUGUGAAUUUUGUCAUACCGAAGUUGCACGAUUUUUACUAGAUAAAAGGUGUGACCCUUUGAUUCGAGAUGCCGAACAAAAUAUAGCGUUACAUUGGAGCGCUUUUAGUGGAAGUUCAGAAAUCACGGAAAUGUUGCUCAACGAGGGUUGUGACGUGAAUGCCGUCAAUGUUCAUGGCGAUACUCCUCUACACAUAGCAGCAAGACAAGAUCAGUAUGCAGUUAGUGUUCUGUUAUUAGCUCGAGGCGCUAAGAUAGGAGAAACUAAUGCAGCAGGAGAGACUGCAGUAAAUUGUUGUACAAAUGAUGGUGAUACCAUGUCUGCUUUAAGAUUGAAUGCCAAAGUUAAUGAACUUUCUGAACAUAUGUGGGAGAAAACAGUAAAAAUUUUAACUAAUGAUAUUUCUCGUGGUAAGGAAACGAAUCCUAUUCAGUGUGUUAACGGGUACGAUUCAGAAGAUAAACCAACAGAUUUUCUUUAUGUGACUGAAAAUUGUUUUACCAGUAAUAUACACGUCGAUCGUACGAUAACGUCCCUACAGUCCUGUCGAUGCGAAGAUAAUUGUAGUUCAGAAAAGUGUUUAUGUGGAAAUAUAAGUUUGAGAUGUUGGUACGACGAAGAAGGAAAAUUGAUACCGGAAUUUAAUUACACAGAUCCUCCAAUGUUAUUUGAAUGUAAUCCAGCGUGCGACUGUAAUCGUAUAACGUGCAAUAACCGAGUUAUACAGCAUGGUUUAACGCAAAGGUUUCAAUUGUUUCGAACUAAAGGUAAAGGUUGGGGCCUUAGAACAUUACGACACAUUCCUAAAGGUUCCUAUGUAUGCGAAUACGUUGGCGAAAUUAUUUCUGAUUCCGAAGCUGAUCAUCGAGAAGAUGAUUCUUACCUGUUCGAUUUAGAUAACAGAGAUGGAGAAACAUAUUGCAUCGACGCGAGACGUUACGGAAACAUUGCUCGCUUUAUAAAUCAUUCGUGCGCGCCUAAUCUCUUGCCAGUGCGAGUAUUUGUCGAGCACCAGGAUUUACACUUUCCUAGGAUAGCAUUUUUUGCGAACCGCGACAUCGAGGCAGACGAAGAGCUCGGCUUCGAUUAUGGAGAGAAAUUCUGGAUAAUAAAAUGCAAGUCAUUCACGUGUACCUGUGGAGCCGAAAACUGUCGAUAUUCCGAGAAGACUAUACAAGUUACUUUGGACAACUAUCGCAGAAAAAUGCAGCAAGAAGAAAUGCUGGCAGCUCAAUCGUCGUAAUCCUAAAUCAAUUUAGCUAAUUUUAUUGUAAUCUAACUAAAUUGUUAUUUAAUGUUCUUCCUUCAUAUUGCUUGGAGUGCUAACGGAGAAUCUCUCAAGUUGUUUUACUUCAUUUGGAUUGAUCUUUGCAAGUUGGUCGUGAAAUUGAAGAAUCGCAAGUACAAAUGGUGGUGGGAUUUGAACGCGUCGAAUGGACAAUUGAAAACGAAAGAAAUAAUUGUUUAUUCGACUUAAGAAGGAAUUACUCUUUUUCUAUUCCAGUUCGACAAAAUCGAGCACAUGUCCAUAUUAAUUUACCAAUUAAUUUCUUCGAUGUAUUUUCCUACAUUUGCCGACUUUCUUGUAAAGACAAACAAUAGUCUUUACGAGAUGUGCCACUUGAUCGUUUUUUCUUUUUAACGAGAUAAUGAUACGCAUAAUAUAUAAUUGUUAUAGUUUUCGUAUAGAGUGUACGAAUUGUAAAGAAACGUGUGUUGUUUUAUAAUCAUUAUAGUCCUCGAAUGAAGUGUGUGGUUAGGUAGAGAUAAAUUAAUUGCGUAUUUACGUCGCGAAUGGUGUGUGCAUGAAACUCUUAACGGAUUUCGUGUCACGAUUGAAGUUACGAGUUUAAUAUUUGCCUAAUUAAUUUCAGAGGGCAAUUGUUUGCAAACGUUUGUUUCAUUACAAACGUUUUAGAACGUAAGAAUACACCGUUUUGUACAAAUUACUGAUUUUUUGUAUAAUAAAGAAGAUGUAGUUCUUUUUAA